GCUACUACAUUAUUACAAUCCUGUGCGCGCAAUACUGGUUGAAACAGAGAGAGUACUAAGAAACCCGGUUUGCGUGCUUCUUCAAUUCUAUGUGCAUAUACGUAAAGCCAUAAACAUUCAAGCACAAAUACAAAUCAUGUCCAGGCUUGGUGCGGCCGUUCGCGCGUUAUCGGGCUUGCAGCACCUCCGAGCUUGUGCUGAGAUGCCCGCAUGUUCAGGCCUACAUGCACACGCAGAUCAGCAGUCUAGCCUGCUUCAACUCCUUGCACAAAGAAAGGGAGCGUACUCUGGACGGCCCGACAUCAAUCAGCAAAGUCGUGGCUUUGCCUCCAGCGCUGGCAGCGACAAUUCCAGUAGCGGCCAGCAGGCAGCGGGGCUAGAGUCGGAGCGGUUAGCGCCGACAACGCGGCUGCAAGACCUGGUCGCAGGCGCGACGGAGCGCAUCGCGCAGAAGCAGGUGGGCACGCUGGGUCAGCUGCCGGAGCAGCUCGCGGCGGAGGCCGCCUCCCUGGAGCACCAGCUCGCCAGCAGCUCCGGCCGCAGCGGCCACACACACGACCUCGACGGCGCGGGCGCACUGGCGGACCGCUUGGCGUCAGCCGCAGCCGCAGGGGGCCCCGAUGGCCGAGCCGGCGGCGCCGACGGCGCCGCCGUCACGGCCGGCCAGCGGCUGCUGCACAACAAGUAUGGGUAUGCGGCGCUGGGCGGAGUGGUGCCCGACGGCGGGGAGAUGAUGGCGGCGGCGGGGCCGGCGGCGGUGCUGCGGUCGGUGACGGCGGCGCAGCCGCGGCUGCACCCGCGCCGCCGCUUCCAGCCGGGGCAGACAUAUGAGCCGCAGGACCUCAACCCCUACUCCAGCGCCUCGCCCGAAUCGCGGCAACGGGGUGUGGGGGUGGCGGUGCCGCGGCCCUCGGUGGCUGAGGUGCUCGAGAAGGCGGACUACAAGAAUGUGGCCUUCCUCACGCGCUGGUUCCUGUCGCCCGCCGGCCGCCUGCUGCCGCGCCGCCAGACGCGGCUGCCGGUCGCCGUGCACAAGCACGUGUCACGCCAGGUGCGAUUGGCGCGGCACAUGGGCCUCAUUGCCGGCGAGGCCCGGCUGGACAAGACGCACGUGCAGGCGCUGCGGGAGGUGGAGGCGGCGCAGCUGCUGGCGGGCAGGCUGGUGGCGGGGGCGGAGGCGGGGGCACAGCAGCAGGCGGCGGCAGGCGCGGGGGCGGGGGCGGGGGCGGCGCCGCGUCAGCGCUACAAUGAGCUGUUGGAUUUCGGGGCAUAGAGGGGGUCCAAGUGUUUGUGUCCGUGUGGGUUGGAGCAGGUUGGAGGUUGGACACGUUCUUACCGGGUGGAUAUUGCGAGGCUGCGCUAGGCAGGUGCGACGGACGUAUUCAGCGCAGGUAGGACGGGGAGGAGGACAGUGGAUUGGCCCUAGCAAUGUGGUUGCUGGCAGCUUUUGCUUUUGGGUGGAGCAGUAGAGCUCCGCGAGCAAUGACAGCCCGCUCAGUGCGGGAGCACAACCGCUGGGGAGGCGUUUUGGAAGGGUUCCACCGAAUGGUUGGCACAAUGCGGCACAAUGGUCGUCUAAAGUUGCGCAUGAUAACUAUAAUUGUUCUUGAACAGUCACUGGAUAGCUUCAAC